GUCGGAGAUGGUUUCAGUCUUGUAGCAGAUCGUUAAGUAAAGACACCGGUUAAUGUAAUGGAUUUCAAAACGUUAAUCACCGUGUAUAUUAUAGUAGCAGGAUGCGUAAUUGCAAUUCAUGGCAAAGUGUACGAGCGGUGCGAAUUGGCGAGAGAAUUGCGCGAUGUGCAUGAGAUUCCAGACAAUCAACUCGCAACUUGGGUGUGCAUCGCAAGACACGAAUCUGAAUACAAUACAUCCGCGAUUAAUCAUGGUAGCGGUGACCAUGGUUUGUUGCAGAUUAGUCAACUGUUUUGGUGUUCGCCGCCAGGAUACGCAUGUGGCGUUUCCUGCGAUGAUUUACGAAACGAUGAUAUUGAAGAUGAUGUGAUUUGCGCUCGUCGUGUUUAUAGAGAACAUAAGCGUCUUUCUGGAGAUGGAUUUAACGCAUGGGUGGUGUACGGUCUCUAUUGCAGAGAUAAACAAUAUGCAAGUACAUUCCUUGAAGGUUGUUUCAAACCGGGUGUAUUGAGAAUAUCAUCUGAAGAAAUUCAUGAAAAACCACUGCCAACUGUCAAUUAUUAUCCUCAAUUUAGUUGGAAAACAUCAACCGUGCCCCCAACCACCGCUGAAACAAUAGAUGUUACUGAUGAAUCAACUACAACCACAAAAAUUAUCCGAACAACAAAGCCAUCAACGACUAAACGCGUUAAAGUCACUAAACCAGCAACAGCGACUUCAACUCAAAAAUCAACAUUAAAAACCACAAAGAUUAGUAAAAUUAUUACCAAAUCACCAACAAAGGUUGCUGUUGUUACUACGAAAAGUCCAAGCACUACCAGAAAACCUGCAGUAGUCCAAACAAAUAAUCAAGGCAAACCUUUGCGACCAACAGAGGAAAAUGAUGAAUUUACAUAUGCAAUCAGUAAAACCGGAUAUAAGUUUACACGAUUCUGAAUAACAUGUAUUUUGUAUCUAAAAUGCAUGGACUAUAAGUGUGCUUGAUGAUUAUGUGAUUAUCAUAAUUAUUGUUUAUUUCAAUCGAUACUUAUAAUGGAUUAAAUUAUAUUACAUCCUCCAUUGAUCCAUCCAAUAAAGAUUUAUGAUUAAUACAACCAAUAUUAUAUAUAGCUCUUUGAAAACUUAUAGUAAUAUAAGUGACAGGUUAAAUAUUUCGAAAAUAAGUUAACAUAUUAUUUUAAAUUCAAAGAAUGUACAUCAAUAUAAUUUUAUAUGUGCUGUUUUUCUUUAAUAUCUAAUACAAAAUUGUAACAA